AUGGAAGCUUGUCACUCUCCACAGCAAUCCAAUGUCACUUCAUAUGGAACCACAAUUUUGGCCAUCAUCAGCCUGGAGACAUUUGCUGGCGUGUGGAUAAAUGCUUUCAUCGUUUGUGUGCUCUGCAUUGGCUGGGUCAAAAAGAAAACCCUGAACUCUAAUGAGAAGAUCUUGCUGCUGCUGGGAUGCUCCAGGAUCUCCUGUUUGUCCUUCUCAUGGGUACACAAGUCCCUUUCAAUAAUUUAUCUCAACUACAUUAUUGUUCACACCAUACGUCAACGGCUUGCAUCUUUUGCAAACUUUUUUAAUUAUUCCAACUUGUGGGUUUCAGCCUGUCUUUGUGUUUUUUAUUGCAUAAAAAUUGCCAAUUUCAGGAACAGCUUCUUCAACUAUCUGAAAAUAAAAAUUGACAGGAUGGUGCCAUGGCUUUUGUUGGGGUCUGGGCUUUUAUCUUUGGCUAUGGGCAUUGUUACCCACGACCUCUAUGAAAUUCUGCAGAGUAACAACCUCAAUUUCACCUGCCCUGGAAAUUAUCUUGAAGCAAUCAUCAGAAUGGAUAAAUAUUAUUUCCCUUCUUUUUUUCUUGCCGUCUUUGGAUAUGCUGCUUCAUUCAUGGCAGUCAUCUUUGCUGCUGUUCUCCUCCUCUUUUCUCUAUGGAGACACAAAUGCAAGAUGCAGACAAACUCCAUGAAGGACCUCAGCGUGGAAGCCCACAUCAGAGCCAUGAAAUCUAUUCUCUCCUUCUUAGUGAUGUACAGCAUCAACUUUGUAUGUUUGGUCUUGAUUGUAUUUUAUACCAGGACAAAUGAUAAUAUUGUGAAAGUUCUUACAUACAUCUAUCUGUAUGCUUUUCCAGGUGUUCAUUCCCUUAUUCUAAUUUUCAACAAUCCCAAACUGGAAAAGGCACUGCUACAGAUUCUCUCUUGUGUGAAAUAUGAAUAUUCAAGAAGUAGGAACGCUGAUAAAAGCUGGAGCCCAUACAAUUUGUUGGUCUAUCACUGUAGAAAAUAA